CCGGCUUGUUCUCCCGGUCAAACAUGGAGAUGAUCGACCGGACAGUCACUGGCUUAAACGGAGUCCACGUGCCGUUCGACAGCGCUUGUUGAAGCUCGUUGUCCGAUAUCACGCCGCUCCUGUCUUUGUCAACCCCCUGGAAGACGUUCCACAGGAAGCUCUGGUCCGGCAGCGCUGCGCCCGUGGCAGGGCCGGCCCCGGGGCCCGGGCGGUACAGGCCCUUGAUGAGCCUCCCUAUUUGACAGUGGGCACUGAUGUGAGUGUGAAAUACAGAGGAGCCUUUUGUGAAGCCAAGAUCAAGACAGCAAAAAGACUUGUCAAAGUCAAGGUAACAUUUAGGCAUGAUUCUUCAACAGUGGAAGUUCAGGAUGACCACAUAAAUGGCCCACUAAAGGUUGGAGCUAUUGUGGAAGUGAAGAAUCUUGACGGUGACUAUCAGGAAGCUGUAAUCAAUAAAUUAACAGACGCGAGUUGGUACACUGUAGGAACCACAGCCCAAGCUUCCCCUCUGUGGUCUAGCAGAGGCGGGGCAGGUAUGCAAGCCUGGACGUCUGAGCCCGCCCAGAGCAGUGGAAGCUGGGCGGGAGCCCGAUUCUCCUGGACCAGCUACACAAGGAGGAACACGGCCUGGGGUCUGGGCCGCCACUUUCUGUCACCUCUGCUGCCUUCACCAGUCAGCGGUCCAGGAGCAGGUGCAGGUGCAGGAGCUGCAGGAUCUUCAGGAGCAGGAAGGUCAGCAGGAGCUGCAGGAUCUUCAGGAGCAGCAAGGUCAGCAGGAGCUGCAGGAUCUUCAGGAGCCAGGAAGGUCAGCAGGAGCUGCAGGAUCUUCAGGAGCAGCAAGGUCAGCAGGAGCUGCAGGAUCUUCAGGAGCAGCAAGGUCAGCAGGAGCUGCAGGAUCUUCAGACGCAGCUGGAGCAGCAGGAGCUGCAGGAUCUUCAGGAGCAGCAAGGUCAGCAGGAGCUGCAGGAUCUUCAGGAGCAGCAAGGUCAGCAGGAGCUGCAGGAUCUUCAGGAGCAGCAAGGUCAGCAGGAGCUGCAGGAUCUUCAGGAGCAGCAAGAUCAGCAAGAGCUGCAGGAUCUUCAGGAGCAGCAAGGUCAGCAGGAGCUGCAGGAUCUUCAGGAGCAGCAAGAUCAGCAGGAGCUGCAGGAUCUUCAGAAGCAGCAGGAUCUUGAGGUUCAGCAGGAGCAACUGGAGGGAGCUCGCGGUCUCCUACUGGAUCCUGGUGGUCCUGUUUUUGGUCUCUGGCAUCUUCCCCUAUCCCUGCCUGCUCUGGACCUGUGACUGUUGGAAGUGGAGAGAGCUUUCAGUCUUGUGGAGGUGCUCAUGCUGUGAGAGAGGAAUACUUGACCCUCAUGCCUCCCUUUCCAUGGGCCUCUUCAAGGACAGACAUCUUCCCAGAGCUUUCCGGACAGCUCCCACCCAGCAGGUGCCCACAGGAUGUGUUUUGUGACUGAAUUCUUGUAGACAGGUGGUCUGAGGCCAAUCUUUUGCUCUGGUGCCAGCAGCAGCCUCUGGGGACACCUCCCUGUGUGGCCCGGCCCUCGGCCCUCCCUCACCUAUGCACAUGCACCAGCCCCGCCCUUCUCACCUUCGGGCUCUGCCUUGGUGGGCUCCUGGUCCUCCACCUGACUCCCAGGGAGGUGCUCCAGGUCAGAGCCGGGUCUGCUGAGCUGCCUGUCACCCACGGGCAGGCCCCUGGCGUGACGCCUGGGCGGUUUCUGGGGAGGAGGCCGUCGUGGUGGCGGGGACCCCUCCGUGUGCAGACUCACCCGGAGCUCGUGCUGGCCCUGAGAAGCGUGCAGCGGCCCCUCACUCGGGGAGGCGGCGUGAGUGUCCUCAUGCAGCGGCUCCUGCAGUGUCUGGCUCUGCAAUGACAGUGUCCGGCAGCCGGCCCGGCCCGGAGGUCUCAGAGCCCUGCCCGGCCAGGACCAUGCCUGCUUCUGCCCGCUCGACCGUCUGCUGCCAGAUCAGACUGGGACCUUGGGUCAGCUCAGACGGCCACCCAGGAAGGAAGAGACACAGCCAGAGGGCAUGGGCUUCGACUCGGGCAGCAGGGCCCUGCCCGGCUUGCCACAGCCCAGCCUGCCAGCUGGGACCCGGGGUGCGGACGUGACCGGCCCCCCCAGGCCUGUGACCCGCUCGUGCUUGAGGCAGGGCCCUCCUGCCUCCCCAACAUGACUGCCCACCUCCACCAGCAGUGAGGAAGGGGAUGUGGGGCUACCUGGGUGGGGUCUGCCCCGGGCCUCCCUGGGUUACCUUUGGGUCCCUGUGGCCAAAAGGCCAGAGGCGCCUGGGGUGAGAGCUGACCCAGCGCCGGCACCGCUGGCCCAGCCCCUCGCCGCGGGCCUUCCGGGGGCCACGGCCUCGGGGUGUUGGGACGCAGCAGAACAUGUCUGAGUUGAGCUGAGUUCACCAACCAAGUGAGCUGAGUAGGGGCUUCUCGACAGAGUGGGUGCCUGGUGACCUCAGUUCUAAGUUCUGUUGGGUUCUAUUGCCAGGGAAGCGAGGUCACUUCCUGGGGUCCCCUUCCCCAAGCUUCCUCCUUACACAAAGCUCCCCAAGGGCCUCUCUGGGCUGCCGACAGCUCACCUCCCAGCCCAUGCCAUGUCCACACACAGUGACACCAACUCAGCCCUCCUCCCCAGAACCCUGGGGAGGCCUGGAUGCAGCCAGGGCGCCAGCUCUGAGGACGCAGCUGGGUUCAGACCCCUCGUCAGCAGUGCUGUCACCCUGGACGAGCCACCUGCCUCUCAGGGUCUCUCCAAUUCCCCCAUUAGCUCAGUGGGCAUCAUUCUGGCCCCUGCUUCCUUGGGAAGCUAUCCUGUCUCUAGACCCAUAAAUACCUACCACACAUGUCAGCCCCGCGGGCUGGCAUCACGGGGAGCUCGUGCACAGACUCAGCUAAGGAAAGGCUCACAGAGGGCUGGUUGAGCACAGGGCACACCCCACACAGGCCGGGGUCUGCCCUGGGCUCUGGGGAAAGUCACCCUCCUUGCUGCCUGCUUCCCAGCUCCCUGUCGGCAGUUUGAAAUUAAACAACUCUGACAUCAUCCGUUCUGGCAUGCAACCUCCUAGGUCAUUCUGUCAUGUCAGAUUCAGGCCCAGUGUCCCAUCUCGGCCUCUGGGGUGGGCUGCCCCACAGUGGCUCCCUGCUUUUUUGCCUUCUGGUCACACAUCCUUGUGUGAUUCCCACACACUCCUCUGCAGGGUCGUGGGCACUGGGACCAGGUUCUGACAUGUAGACUGACUUGUGAAAGUGUGCGUGACUUCCACUCAUUCCCAUCUCUAGUGUCCAUUCUCUCUCUGUGUGUGUCUUUCAGUUCCUCUCUGUCUGUCUUUUCUCUCUCUUUGUCUCUCUGUGUUUCAGUCUGCCUGUCUCUUUCCUGUAUGUAUGUGUGUAUAUAUUUAUGUGUAUAUGUGUGUAUUUAUGUGUGUCUAUUGUUAGAACCCAGGGCAGGUCACUGAUGAAAAUGCCUUGAUGACAUACUGAUUGUUUUAAAUUCAUGUUACUGAAGAAAAAACAUCUCUGAAAGUUGUGCAGGCACUUUGGUGGGGUCAGCUCUAAGGAUCAGCACUGCUGGGGAAGGGAUGCACCUGUGGCCAUUUGAUGACUCCUGUACCCUGUUCCCCCAGAGAGAAGUGUCUGUUCACUCUUCCCUCCCGGGGAUCUGCUGGGGCCUCUGCCUCCUCACAUUGUUGCCAGGGCUGGUUGUCACCAGGCUAAAGCCCUGCCAGUGUGAUGGUGACCAGCACUGCCUCGCAGGGUGUCCGUCUGCCUGUGUCCUCACCUGAGAGUCGAGCAUCUCUAACACACACUGGCCACCUGCACUGCUUCUCAUUGGAACUGCUUGUGUGUGUUCUGUUUCUUUUCAGAACACUGGGUUUCGAGAGGUUUUUAGACCACAUGGGUGUGAAACCUUUCUCUGACCUCGGGUCAUGAACAGUGUUUUUUCCAGGUUGUGAUUUGUCUUUCCAGCUGUCUUUCUUGGUCUUUGUUUUUUGGUUUUAUUUUGCCAGAGGAAGAGCUAAGCAUCUCCCUCUGGCUCUGGCUUCACACUUAGAACAGCAGUGCCUACCCCGAAAUUAUGCACAUAGUUACUAAAAAGGCUUCAUUUAGGACGUCUCAUCUUUAAUUCAUCUGGAUUUUCCUCUGAAAAUACAAAAAUGCUAAUUCAUGUAAAAACAAAAAAAUUCACCCGUCCCGGCUUAAGAUAUGUGGGCAGAAAAUAAAAAGCCACCUUUUAUUAUUUCAUUGAUAGGGAACCUCGAGGACAGGUAAAGACAGAGGAAGGGGAUGAGGGCUUGUCACGGGCUGGGGGAGGGAGGACGUGGGGUGAGCUUUGGAUACAAGCUUUUACUUUGAGGAAGGAAAUAGUCUAAAACCAGACAGAGGUGCUGAUGUCACAGCAUUGUGAGUGCACUUAAUGCUCCUAAACUGCACAACUUAAAAGGCUAAACUUAAUUCUUGUAGACUUAAACCAUAAAAAUAGAUGAUACAUAAUAGAAAAGAACAAAUCUGACUCCAUAUUAGAUCUCUUCCUGUGGCUUUAACCCUGUGCCCUGUUUUCUAGGCUUAGUCUCAUCUAUCUGGUAAACAGGAGAGCCUGUUCUCAAGGCUCUGAUCUUUAAGCAGAUUAACACUUUUGCACUGAUACAAGACAGCAAGUUGCCGAAUAGAAAUUAGCUUGUUUUGUUAGAGGUUUUACAGGGGCACCAUGACUUGAUCCACGUGGACAGCUGUAGACCAAGAACAUGGCCGACUAAUGUCCUGGAGAACCAUCUUCCCCAAGUCAGACUUUAGGUUCCUUUUCUGCUAAAAAGGGGAGGGGCUGUGGUUGGUUGUUGCAAACUUCUUAGUGCAGGAAUUCUUUGUUUUUGGAAUCCUUUGCAGCUGUCCCUGUGGGUCAGGUUAUGGUGCCCCUGUAAAUCCUCCAACAAAACAAAGGUUAUUCCCUAUUCUGCAACUUGUUAUCUUUAUAGGAGUGCAAAAGUGUUCAUAUCCUUAAAGGUCAGAGCCCUGAGAGUAGGCUCUCCUGUAUAUUUCAGGCUAAAAGCAACAUUGUUUUACAAAAGCUGCAGAGCUAGUAAGACUAAGCCUAGAAAACAGGGCACAGGGUAGAAGGAAAAGGAACAGAUUUAAAUUAGUCAAAUUUGUUUUUUUCUACUACAGUGCCUUUUGGUGAGAGGUAAGCGGUUGUUUCCAGGUGGGUCCUUCUCUGCCCAGGCUGGGGUUCAGGCAGGAGCCCUGCCAGGUUCACCGUGACUGUGGACCUGAUCUCCCACAGAGAAAGUAACAAUUAUCAGUGAUUAAAAUUACCUGUCAAAGUCCCUUCAAUUGCCUGUAAACUAUAUGGCGGGGGCAGAGGCGGACAGGGAACUUCUCAUUGGCCCAUCAACAGUCUCCCCAAUGCAAGAGACCAGCGUCAUGGCUGGCUCCAAGGUGGCCUGGCUAGUGCAGCUGCCCGCUUGGCUCUCCAGCCUUGGGCUCCUAACAAGGACACUUUCAAAUUUCCUGUCCCUUUUCCCUCUGCCCCGGCGUGAAUGAACGUGGUCCCUGCAACCACCUGGGCUGAGCCCAGGCCACACACAUAGCCCGAUUCCCACAGCCCACUGCCUACUGUCCAUCUCCAGGCUCAGCUGCACCCUUACCCCCUCACAGGUUCCUGUGCCUCCACUCAGGGUCCGGAUCACCAUCCGGGCCAUCAACCACCCAAGGCCCACAGGCCAGUGGCAGGCAGCCCAGGACCACCCUGACCCCCAGGCUCAGAUGAGGCACAGGGUGUGGGGGUUAGAGUGCCUGAGCUGGAAUUGGAACUGCCUCCAGCCUGGCCCGCUGCGCCCUGUAGCCUCAGACUGUGCUGUGCACACUAGGCCGGAGCUCCGCUGGUGGCAGUCACCAUGGUGACCAGAGCCCGGACUUCCUCACCCCACCCGUGGGUUAAGGGGUGAGGGUGUCAGCUCCAAGUAGGGGUGCACUCUGAGUGAGGGGGAUCCCACAGUUAGGACAGGCUGAGGGGUGAAGGGGACCAUAUCAGAAUGUUAGGGGGUCCUGCGGUGAGGCAUGAGGAGUGUGCUUGGGGUGUGAGGGCCAAAGGUUAGUACUAGCGGGGUGGAGUGUGGGGGUGGGGACCUCCUUGUGACAAGAAGCCCUGUCUUGGGGGUGUAGUCUGAGACUGGGCCUGUCUGGAGGUUGGGGGGCAAGCAAGAGGAGUGGGGCUGGGGUGUGUGGCCUGGCCCAUGGCCGGUGGUGGUCCUGGUUGAGCCAGGACCUGGUCGGUGAUGGGGUGGGGUCAUUGGGGAUGGAGACCCAGAGGGGUGGGCCCACUCUACUGCCCUGGCCUGCCCUGGCCGUCUGGGCCCCACUCACAGAGAACCAGACAGUGGGAGCCCCACCCCGAGCAUCUGCGCUGCAGGCCUGAGGAGGAGGGUUGCGGACGCGCACAUGCCGGACCCCGCCUGGCCUGUAUGGAAGCUGGACGGGAAGUGGGUGCUCCUGGACCAGCUCCUGAGG